CGCCAAGGUCACCGCCGCGGUGCCACCAUGGAGGCCAAGGUCCGGCCGAGUCGGCGCUCGCGCGCGCAGCGGGACCGAGGCCGGCGCCGGGAGGCCGCCCGCGACGCCCGUGCGCAGAGUCCGUCUUCGGGCGAUGAGCCGGAGCCCAGCCCGGGCAAAGAAAAGGGGCUCCGCGGCGCGCCGCCCCCGCGCCCUGCGCCCCGCGCCGCGCGCCCCCCGCGGCGCCGUCGCCGCGAGUCCAGCUCGCAAGAGGAGGAGGUCAUCGACGGCUUCGCCAUCGCCAGCUUCAGCACGCUGGAGGCCCUGGAGAAGGACAUGGCCCUGAAACCACAUGAACGGAAGGAGAAAUGGGAACGUCGCCUCACCAAGAAGCCCCGGGAGUCAGAAAACUGCCCAUCUGCAGAGCCGAGUGAAAACAGGCAGCCCCUGGAGGUGGGCAACACUGGGCAGGACUUGGAGUCUGAGUGCGAGGAAGGCACCAGGGUUCCACUACAGCCCUCCAAGCAGAUGAAGGUUGCUGUGUCCAGAGGGGGUGACCGGAACAGUGACGACGAUAGUGUCCUCGAAGCCACCAGCUCCCGGCACAGCAGCUCCCGGGACCAGCUCAGUGAUAGCUCGGCACAGGCGGUUUCCGGGAGAGGCUACUCUUGUGACAGCGAGAGCGGCGUGGACGACAAGGCAUCUGUGGGCUCAGAGAAUCUCUUUGCUCCAGCAGCUGACAAAGGCCCCACUAGGGGUGAGAAGUCUGAGGCCAAGGCGGGGGCGGUGCCCAAGGUGUCAGGCCUGGAGCGCAGCCGUGAGCUCAGCACUGAUUCCUUCUUGCCGGCUCCUGCGCCCUCUGGGCCUCUGCCCAGUGCUCGAGCCAGCCCCCUGGUGAAGAGGGAAGUGCCAGCUGCACCCCACCACGCCCCUCAACCACAGCACGCAGCCCCACAGCCCCGUGGCUCACUCCCAACACACGUGCCUCCUUCCCUGGGCGCCUUCACAGGUCCCGGCCAGGUGGUGCCCAACGGCCUACACCUGCACGGCCUCAGCAGGAGCAGCAGCACGGGCAGCGGUGCCCCUCUGGGCCUGGCAAAGCACGUGUCACUGUCGCAGCACGGGCCCAGUCCCCACCUCUCUACCUCACACCUGGCGCUCCGGUCCCAGGUGCAGCACCAGCACCACGCAGCGGCCAUGUUCGCCGCCCCCCCAACACUGCCCCCACCCCCAGCGCUGCCUGCCAGCAGCCUGGUCAUCCCAGGACACCCCGCCGAUGCCCGUCUGUUGCUCUCAUUCAGCCAGCCAAUCAUGUAUCGCCAGCCUCACUCGGGGAUUCUGAUUGAUCGCGAGCUGCUCAGGCAAGAGCUGAACACGCGGUUUCUGGUGCAGAGCGCGGAGCGGCCUGGCGCCUCCCUGGGCCCGGGGGCUCUGCUGCGGGCCGAGUUCCACCAGCACCAGCACACACACCAACACACACACCAGCACACACACCAGCACCAACACACAUUCGCCCCCUUCCCGGGGCUGCCCCCGACGCCGCUCAUGCCGCCCGCCGCACCCCCGCCGUUUGACAAGUUCUCGCCCAAGCUGGACAGCCCCUACUUCCGACAUUCCAACACUUCAAACCCCAUCGAGGUAACAGGCCGGGCCAGUGCUGUUCACACCCUCCUGCAGAAAGCCCCUGGGGUGCCUGACCCGUACCGGACGGCAGUCAGGAAACCCGGGAAGUGGUGUGCUGUGCAUGUACAGAUCGCCUGGCAGAUCUACCACCACCAGCAGAAGAUGAAGAUGCAGCUGGAUCCUCACAAGCUGGAGGUGGGCGCCAAGCUGGAUCUGUUCAGCAGACCCCCAGCCCCAGGCGUGUUCUCGGGGUUCCACUACCCGCAGGACUUGGCUCGGCCCCUCUUCUCCAGCACAGGUGCCACCCAUCCGGCCACCAACCCAUUUGGACCCUCAGCCCAUCAUGGCAGCUUCCUGCCCACUGGUCACCUGACAGACCCGUUCAGCAGAUCGAGCACCUUCGGGGGCCUGGGGAGCCUGGGCAGCCACGCUUUCGGAGGUCUAGGCAGCCAUGCGCUAACUCCAGGGGGCAGCAUCUUUGCCCCCAAGGAGGGUUCCACACUGCAUGGCCUGCCCAGCCCCCACGAGGCCUGGAACCGGCUGCACCGGACACCACCCUCCUUCCCCACGCCACCCCCAUGGCCCAAGCCCGUGGAUGCCGACCGUGUCUCAGCCCUGACUAACCACGACCGGGAGCUGGAGAAGGGCAGGGAGGAACGCGAGCGGGACCUUCUGGAGAAGACGCGGCUGCUGAGCCGGGCCUCGCCCGCAGCCCCGCUGGGCCACCCUGUCGGCGGCCUCCUGCUGCGCAGCCAGGGCGAGCUGGGCCGACCCGGGGCCCCCGCGGAGCGCGAGGCUGAGCCCCGGGUCAAGGAGAGCCACUCGCCCGCCAGGGAGGACGGCGCCAAGCUGACCGCGCGCCCGCCGUCCUACAGCAAGGCGGCCCUGGGCGACUGCCUGCGCCUGGCGGGCCUGCUGGGCCGCGCAGCCGGGGAAGCCGCCGAGACGCCGCCCGAGCGGCCGCAGGGCGACGUGAAGGUCAAGGAGGAGCGCAGGGAAGAUGAGGCGCCCCCCGUGCCCCUGCAGCUGGGCCUGGGCCUGGGCCGUGAGCGCCUGGGCACGUCCGGCUUCGCGUGGGAGCCGCUGCGCGAGGCCUACCGGAGCCUGGAGCUCCCGCGCCGCGCCUUCCCCGCCACGCCGCCCGCGCCCGGCCGCCGCGCCCUUCGAGCCCGCGGAGCGCGCCUACCGUGACGCGAGCCGCACGACUACAGCCCCGAGCGCCUGCGGGAGGCGCGCCUGGAGGAGCUGGAGCGCGCGCGGCCCGGGCCGGGCCCGACGGGGGCCGCGCUGCUGCCCGCGCUGCACUUCCCGCGCCUCCCCGCCGCGCUGCACGGCGCGCUCCUGGCGCGGACCCCGCCCGCCGCCGCGGCCCUCGGCGCGCCCCCGCUGGUGGCCGCGCCCGGGGUCCCCACGCCGCCCGCGCGCCCCAGGACUACGCCGCUGGCGCUCGCGCCCGGGGAGGCGCGCGACUACUCGCCGCCGCGCAACCCGCAGCAGGUGGAGGCGCGGUAGGGCCGCGCUCUGCACGCGAGGACUGAGCACGGGCCCCGCCGCCUGGGGCCACACGGGAGCCUGCGCAGUCCGGACGUCCUGCCUUUCUGGGGCGAUCUUUUGUUUCGAGAUUAGGCCACUGCGGGAAACUCAACUUUGUACCUUUUCCCCACAGGUGAGAAGCGUUUUUAAUGGUUUUGUAUUUUUCUUAAUUUUGUGCUCUUUAGACAUUUAAAAGAACCAAAAAAGAACUUUUAGUUGGGAUUUGCAGUUCUACAGCCUCAGAUCCCUUUUGAGCCCUCGGGUCUCUUCGUCUUAUUUAUGGGAAGAAAACAGUCUUUCCGUCCAGCGCACUGUGAGGCUCCCACUGGGCCCGGCCCAGGUCCUCCCGUGGUACUUGGAACCGAAGUUACAGAUAUAUAUUAAAAUAAUAAUUAAUAAUAAUAAAACUCUGGGGGUUUUGCCUUAUUCUAUUAUGCAGAAGUGUAAGAGGAUUUUUUUUUUUUUUGGUUUGUGUUUUUUUUUUAAUGACAAGUGUAAAUAGUCUGUUAAUAUAAAUAUAAGACAUUAUUAAAUUCUUAACCUGGGUAGUCUUUAUAAAGUUUCCAGAAACCCCUCUGGUUAUUUAACAAGGUCACAGAACCCACUCGCUGUCAGUUGUAAACAGGCUCAGAAGUUGACUGUUGCAGUUACCCUUCAACUAUGCAACCCUUCGCCCAUCUGGGGGGAGAAGGUUCCGGAGUGACUUCAGCCCUUGCAGCACACAAGUGCAGGCUGCCCUGGGAGGGCCUUUGUCCUCCAGGUCCCGGCCCUGGGACCAGGGACUCUCCUAGGCAUCUCCUGCUCACAGUCACAGUGGGCUUCAGGAUUGGCUGGUUCUAGCCACAAGGACAAAUUUGUGAACCCUUGUGCUGCACUGAGUGCAGCAUUCUCUGAAUCUGUGUGCCAGACAAGUAGAAUAUUAGAAGCGCAAGAGUCUAAAAGUUGGGUUUACAAGAAAGAAAAAAAAAAAAAAAGCUCUCUCAAGCAUGUCUCAGUGCUGCCCCCACCUUCCAUGCUUCGGCAUGGCUCCCUCUGGCUUUGAUUCCGCUCCCACAGCCUCUCAAGCUCUCCAUGUGCUGUCAGCUUGGCCUCUUUGUUUUCCUGAUGUCCACUUUUGUCUGUGGGCUUCAGAGCCUGUCAAGUCAGCAUUGCCGUCUGCUGUUUCCAUUCUUGCUUUCAGCGCUGUGUUUCCACCGAGGACUCCGGUUAUUUUAAACAUUGUUUUCAUGUCAAUCAGUGAAGAUAAAUACAGCCUUGAUUUGGAUGAAAUGUGGUCCAGUGUCUUGUGUGGUUCUGAGGCAGGUGGCCAUCCUGCAGGCCUGGGUUGACACCCACACUACCUGCGUCCCAUCCCAGGGCCCAGGUCUGCAGAAGCCUGGACAUCACCCUGUUGGUCAGGCUUUGCUUUUCUUUUCUUUUUUCUUUCUUUUGGUGGGACUGGGCUUUGAACUCGGUUCAAAGCAGGUC